UUUGAGGAGCGCACCGUCUGGGCCCGGGACAAGAGCGACAGGAGGACGUGUGUAACGUAGGUAAAACUAUCGUACAGCGCAGUGGGCUUCCACUCAAUGAGUGCGGUCAAUAGACAUUGAAAACCGGUGCAGUCAUCUAGGUGUAGGGUGCUUACGUAUGCGUCAGUGAUUUUCAGACAACUCCAGCAAAUCGACUGUGCGUAAAACUUCAAGAAGAGGAGGUUUGUACAAGUUCGUACUGUAUGUAGGACACGAUUUAUUGGGACAUAUUUUUACUUUGUCCUGUGAAUUCAGAUGCCUCAUGUAUCUAUCAACCUAUUUUUAAAAAAAACUCUGACUAUUUGGAAACAACCAAGCCGCUUUUUCUUGAACCAUCGACAUGUUCACGCGCGGAUCUAAAAAGCGACGGUCGAAUCGCUCGGAGGAGGAAAACCCAGACCAGGGACAACCAUGUAUGAGAUGUGGAGACCAGUGUCCAGGCUUUCACAUGCAUGGCUGGAGGAAGAUCUGUGUGCACUGUAAGUGUGUGCGUGAGGAGCAUGCAGUGCGGGCGGUGCCGGGCCAGCUGGAGAGGAUGAUGGUGAAGCUGGUCUCAGACUUCCAGAGACACUCCAUCUCCGACGACGACUCAGGCUGCGCCUCCGAGGAGUACGCCUGGGUCCCGCCUGGACUCAAGCCCGAACAGGUGUAUCAGUAUUUCAGCUGUAUCCCGGAGGACAGAGUGCCCUAUGCUAACAGCUCAGGAGAGAGGUAUCGCAUUAAACAGCUCCUCCACCAGCUACCAGCUCACGACAGUGAGCCUCAAUACUGUAACCAUCUGGAUGAGGAGGAAAAGAAGGAGCUGUGUAUGUUCAGUCAGCAGAGGAAAAGAGAGAACCUGGGCAGAGGCAUGGUCAGACUGUUCCCUGUCACCAUGACCGGAGCCAUCUGCCAACAGUGUGGCAGACAGAUCUGUGGUGGGGAUAUAGCGGUGUUUGCCAGCCGGGCUGGUCACGGGAGCUGCUGGCACCCUCAAUGUUUCCAGUGUGCCUCUUGUACUGAGCUGCUGGUGGACCUCAUCUACUUCUACCAGGAUGGACAGAUCUACUGUGGCAGGCACCACGCUGAGAGGAUCAAACCGCGCUGCCAAGCCUGUGAUGAGAUAAUUCUAGCUGAUGAGUGUACGGAGGCAGAGGGCCGACACUGGCAUAUGAAGCACUUCUGUUGUUUUGAGUGUGAAGCAGCGUUGGGAGGACAGCGGUACAUCAUGAGAGAGUGCCGGCCGUACUGCUGCUCCUGCUAUGAGUCCCUCUAUGCAGAGUACUGUGACACCUGUGGGGAACACAUAGGUAUAGACCAGGGGCAAAUGACCUAUGAGGGCCAGCACUGGCAUGCUGCCAAGUCGUGUUUCUGCUGUGCCCGCUGUCGGCUCCCCUUGCUGGGGCGGCCCUUCCUCCCACGUGGGGGCCUCAUCUUUUGCUCCAGGCCCUGCUCUCUGGGAGAGGACCCAGAUAACUCAGACUCGUGUGACUCAGCCCUCCAGAGCCGACAUCCGCAGCACAGACGCUGUGAGACAGAUGAGAAGAUCCAGCAGCCGCAGCGCUGCUACCCACAGCAACCACCAGAGGGAGCCAACAUCCCUGUUGUCCCAGGAGAAGUCUGCAUUCAUGCUGCACUGGAAAAUAGACGUGUUCACAUCUCUACUAAUGUUCCGAAUGGAGUCCCCCCACCACUCAACGAUCAUCCUAACCUCAGAGGGUCCUACUCUCCCCUUCCUCAUUGUCACUUAGCCAAUAACUGGGGACCAUCUUGUCCUGUCGACCAAUCACUCAGCAGUUUGUACCCUGGAGAUUGUGGCAAGCAUCCAGGCAGUAGUCUGGAGUUUUUAGGAGAGCCCAAUGGCUAUGCGGGACACCCCCUCACCAGUUUCAGUAGAGGAACGUCUACUGCAAAGGACUGUGGGAACUGUGUGGAGAGAAGUAGUCAAGUUAUGCAAGUGUUUCCUCCCCCGAGGAACUCUUCCUUACCUGCAUCACUAAACCAUCCCAGUCCUGCUGCCCCUCUGCCCCUCCCGCCCCCUCAACCCAAGUCUUGUGAUUUGAUAAUCAGGCCAAAUCUGCACCAACCAGAGCCAAGCCCCCCUGACCCUAGCCCCCAAUCAAGUCGAAGUGGGACAGCCAGGGUCAGUUUCCGAGAGCCAAUCAGCUGCAGCUACUCUGUGGAUGAGGAGGAGGAGGAAGAAGAGGAGGAGGAUAAGGAGAGAAGAGAGGGGGAUGAAGAACAGGCAGAGGAUGGAGGUUUUGGGAGCAGGUUACAUAUGCAGAGGGGCAUUCCACCUCAAAUGGACCUUCUGGAUGGUUCAUACCAACAUCGUAGUUUACGGCGGAGGUGGAACCGUGGCCGUGUGGCUUCCGACUCUACUCUCCACCUAGGCACAGCGACACGUUUCCGUCACUCUCAGCCGGACAGGCCCCGUCUGGAUGCUCUAGAAAGGAGACGAGAGAGGGAGAGUGUUUCCCUCUCUUCCCCUGGCGUCACAGAGCCCCCAUUACUCAACCUCCAGCCAACCCAGUACAACAAACAUGAGGACUCUUGCUCCACCUGCUCCUCCUCCUCAGACUCAGAAGAAGAUGGUUACUUCCUGGGGCAGCCUAUCCCCCUGCCCCCCCAGCUAACCCACAGGCCCCAGUCUGUGGAUGGAGAGAGGGAAGGAGAGAGGGGUGGAAAGACAGAAGGAGAGAAGGACAGGGGGUUGAGAAACAGCCUGAGCAGGAAGAGAAGGGCCAAUGGCCUUGGUGCAAAGGACAAAGACAAGAACUGUGCCAUCUCCUAAGUUUGACCCUCACAGUGAAAGUUCUGUUUUUCAACGAUCAAGCCAAUGUCCAGUUUCACAAUAAAUGAUAAAUAUUAAUCUGUAACAUGUUGGGGAUACUUUGAAUACAAUACUCCUAUCCAGCAGACUCAUUCAAAGAUUAAACCACUGUACUAUAAGAAGGCAAGAGGAAACAGCGAGAGUGACUGACUGUAAGAUGUAUUAGAGGGAUCAGAUCUAAAAUAGAAAUGUUGUGUUUGUAUGUUGUUUCGGGCACUUUUUUGCACAGUAGAGUGAAUCUGGCAUCCAUCUAGGAAGUUCUGUAAGAAAAUGUCACUGUGUUCCCGCAGUGCAUGUUAUAGGAUUUACUCAAACGUGAAGAAAUUCACUUGACAUUAUAUUCAAGUGAAUUUGUGGAAAGAGAACACUCAUUCCAGUAUAAACAUGUAAGCAUUUAUUGUGGGAAGCUAUUCUUAUAUCUAUUUUUGUAUAGGACCAUCUAAUUAAUGUACAUUAAAGAUUUGAGGAUUCCUUCUCAGA